CCGGCUCCCCCGGAAGCCCCCAGGCCCGUAGGGCGCGGGGAGGGGCGUGUCUGGUGGGCGGGGCGGGGCCUGCCCAAUGGGCGCGCUCGCGUGGGGGGCGGGGCUCUAUUUCAGCCGCGCCUCGGACCGCAGGCGCGUGUCGAUUCCGGGCUCGGUAUGUGGCGCCUGCCCCGGGCGCUCUGUGUGCACGCUGCAAGGACCUGCAUGCUCUCGGCACCUUGGUACAGGCCCGCCGCCGUCAUGUCCACUCUGCUGAUCAGCCAGCCCCAGUAUGCCUGGCUGAAAGAGCUGGGGCUCCGCGAGGAAAACGAGGGCGUGUAUAAUGGAAGCUGGGGAGGCCGGGGAGAGGUUAUUACCACCUAUUGUCCUGCUAACAAUGAACCAAUAGCAAGAGUCCAACAGGCCAGCAUGGCAGACUAUGAAGAAACUGUAAAGAAAGCAAGAGAAGCAUGGAAAGUCUGGGCAGAUAUUCCUGCUCCAAAGCGAGGAGAAAUAGUAAGACAGAUUGGUGAUGCCUUGCGGGAGAAGAUCGAAAUCCUAGGAAGCUUGGUAUCUCUGGAGAUGGGGAAAAUCUUAGUGGAAGGUGUGGGAGAAGUUCAAGAGUAUGUGGAUAUUUGUGAUUACGCUGUCGGUUUGUCACGGAUGAUUGGAGGACCCAUCUUGCCUUCUGAAAGACCUGGCCAUGCCCUCAUCGAACAAUGGAAUCCCGUAGGCCUGGUUGGAAUCAUCACUGCGUUCAAUUUCCCUGUGGCGGUGUAUGGCUGGAACAAUGCCAUCGCCAUGAUCUGCGGGAACGUCUGCCUUUGGAAAGGAGCUCCAACAACUUCCCUCAUUAGUGUAGCUGUCACAAAGAUAAUAGCUAAGGUUCUGGAGGACAACAAGCUGCCUGGUGCAAUUUGUUCCUUGACUUGUGGUGGAGCAGAUAUCGGCACAGCAAUGGCCAAAGAUGAGCGAGUGAACCUACUGUCCUUCACCGGGAGCACUCAGGUGGGAAAACAGGUGGCCCUGAUGGUGCAGGAGAGGUUUGGUAAGUAUUGGCUUUCUCGUGAGGAUUUUAAUUCCCUCAGAACUUUCGAGGAUGCGGACCUCGGCUUAGUAGUUCCAUCGGCUCUCUUUGCCGCCGUAGGGACGGCCGGCCAGAGGUGCACCACUGCGAGGCGGCUGUUUUUACAUGAAAGCAUCCAUGAUGAGGUUGUAAAUAGACUUAAAAAGGCCUACGCACAGAUUCGCGUUGGGAACCCGUGGGACUCUAACGUUCUCUAUGGGCCACUCCACACCAAACAGGCAGUGAGCAUGUUUCUUGGAGCAGUGGAGGAAGCAAAGAAAGAAGGUGGCACAGUGGUCUAUGGGGGCAAGGUUAUGGGUCGCCCUGGAAAUUACGUAGAACCGACGAUCGUGACGGGCCUCACCCAUGACGCGUCCAUUGCGCACACAGAGACUUUCGCUCCAAUUCUCUACGUCUUUAAAUUCAAGAAUGAAGAAGAGGUCUUUGCAUGGAAUAAUGAAGUAAAACAGGGACUUUCAAGUAGCAUUUUCACCAAAGAUUUGGGUAGAAUCUUCCGCUGGCUUGGGCCUAAAGGAUCUGACUGUGGCAUCGUAAACGUCAAUAUUCCAACGAGUGGUGCUGAGAUUGGAGGUGCAUUUGGAGGAGAGAAGCACACUGGCGGUGGCAGGGAGUCCGGCAGUGAUGCCUGGAAACAGUACAUGAGAAGAUCUACUUGUACCAUCAACUACAGUAAGGACCUUCCUCUGGCCCAAGGAAUCAAGUUUCAGUAACGGUGUUUUAGAUGGACAUUACUCAGUCUUCUAGGGAUUCCUACAGCUGCUUCUGAAGAAGAUAAAGAAAAUUAAGAUUUGCCUAGAAUAAAUGCAUCCUUUUGAAUAUGACAGUGGCUAAUCCUCUAUGACCCAAAGCCCUAAGUAAUUCAAGAGACGCAUUUUUUAAAAAUCAAAAUAAAAUUGUCAUAACAUAGCCAUAUUUACUAAAAAA